UCUCUCUCUCUCUCUCUCACUGUCGCUCUCCGGUUUCAUUUUCUCGCUCUUUAUUAUAUCUCUGACUCUUUGGUAGAUUCUUCGUUGUUAAGAUUCUUCCUUUUUAUCUCCAAUCCGUUUCGAAGAAACCCUCAAACCCGUUCGUCCUUCAGAUCUGUUAGAACGCCGUCGGAAACUGCGGGAUCCGUUCGCAGAGGUGGAGGUUCUUCGUUGUACAUCCGAAACGCGAGGUCGUGAAGAAGAAAGACAUGGCGGAGGAGCACAGAUGCCAAGCACCUGAGGGCCACCGUUUCUGCGCCAAUAAUUGCGGCUUCUUCGGCAGCCCAGCCACCAUGGAUCUCUGCUCCAAAUGUUACAGAGACUACCGCCUCAAAGAGCAAGAACAAGCUUCCACCAAAUCAACGAUUGAAGCCGCUCUCUCAGCCUCAUCUCCUUCCCCCUCCUCUUCUCCAAUCGAUCCUCCCCCUGUCUCGCCUGUUAUAGCCUUGACCUCGCCGGAAACAGCCACAGAUCUGACGGUCCCGCCCGUCGCGGCGGCCGGAUCUGAGGCGGCGAACCAGCCAAACCCUAACCCUAACCCGAACCCGACCCGGUGUUCGUCGUGCCGUAAGAAGGUGGGUUUGACGGGGUUCAGAUGCAGAUGCGGAACCACGUUCUGUGGGGUUCAUAGGUACCCGGAGAAGCACGGCUGCACGUUCGAUUUCAAGUCGAUCGGAAGAGAGGAGAUCGCCCGAGCGAACCCCGUCGUCAAAGCCGAUAAACUGGAGAGGAUUUGAGCGAUUUCUCGGCCCUGUUCUAAGAUCUGACGACUGAGAGCAACUCACGGUGGCCCAUCAUCUUCGCCGCCAUCGAAUCUCUCAGCCUUCCGAUCGCCGUCCACCGUCGCACUCGAUAACGAUGCUCUCUCUCUCCCCUCUUUUAUUUGAUACCUCUCUCUCUCUAUCUCGCUACAGUAUAAAAUAAGUGUGGAAGAUGGGUUUUCUUGUAAAAAAAAAAUUCCUAUUUUUUCCCUUUCUCUUUUGAUUUCAGAAUUGAAAGUAUGGUCUCUACUUCCAUUGAUGAUGGUCAUCUUCUUCUCUAUAAACCCAAUAAACUCAACUUCAUAGGCCAUUUUCAUCACUGGAAACAUUAAAAGAUAAGACAAAGCUAAAUUAGAGAGAGGCUGGUUUGUUGCUCUUUUUUCUAGGUAUCAUACAUAUUAUGUGUAUAGGAAUGAAACUUGAAUUUUGCUCAUUGAGAUGAGCUGUUUGAGCCUGAUGUGUUUGCUUAAUGUA